GAAACUGCAGGUGGCGGCAAGUUAAAGUUAAAGUGAUCAGUUGGGAUGGUGAAAACGAAAUGAGAAAUAUUACAAAACAAAGUGGGGAAGAUAUUUUGGUGAAGGGAAAACCCGAAAUUGAACAGAAAUUUAUAAGAGGUAAUUGGGACUUUAUGACGUGAGUUUGCGCAUGCGCGCCAUGUCCUCAUCCCUGAGUGCGUUUUGUCUUUCAACCCCCACCCCUCCAUCACUUGUGGUCUGUCCCGGACUGGAUUAUCAUCAUCGCGGAUCCGAUAUGUCUACUCCAGAUGUAGCAGGAACCCCGGGAGCCCCCGACUCUGAGGGGGGACCUCUGGCCGCAGCCCCGAACCUGACCAGCAACAGGCGACUGCAGCAGACGCAGGCGCAGGUGGAUGAGGUGGUGGACAUCAUGCGUGUGAACGUGGACAAGGUUCUGGAACGCGACCAGAAGUUGUCGGAGUUGGACGACCGCGCCGACGCCCUGCAAGCUGGGGCCUCGCAGUUCGAGAGCAGCGCCGCCAAGCUCAAAAACAAGUACUGGUGGAAAAACUGCAAGAUGAUGAUCAUCAUGGCGGUGGUGGGCGUUCUUUUGUUUGGCGUCCUCUUCUUGUAUUUCUUCUACUGAGGCGAAGUCUCCUCGUUCUUCCUCGGCUUCCCGCCCUCCUCUUCUCCCCAAGCCUUCCUAAGAAACUCCCACGCUGCACCGGCUGAUGGGUAACAUACAACCAAUGAGCUGUGCUGUCGUGGAAGUAUUUCCAUUUCAGCCCUGCAAGGCAGCCGGAAAUUUGUGAAUGUGAUCGCCGGACUUUGCGACAAAAACAUCGUAGGCCUUUUUGGUGCGUCUGCCCAAAACAAGCAACACAUUUGUAUGGAUUGCUCAAUGAGAUUCUGCUGAAGAUGGAAAAUUGACUUUUUCAUGUUUGUAUAGAGAUACUUGUGUGUGUGUGUGUGUGUGUGUUGCCAACAAUCGCAAUUCUUCAACCUUGAGUGCGAUAGAGGCGUAUGGUUCGUUGCUUUCUAGCCAGUUUUUUUUUUUGCCUGUUUUCAUUCUGACAUGAUCUUUACUGUGGUUUUUCAUCGCUAUCCAUUUGUUCCCAACAUGCUGUCACUAAAAUGUCUUUCCACUACUA